GGGCUCUGGUUAGUUCCCUUCCCCGCGAAAGUAGAUUUACACAAUCACAAUGUUGACACUUAUCAGUUCAUGCAUUCCUUUCUAUAGCGGUGCCGGAACAAAGGGGGACUUGCUGGCGGAAGAAAGUGCACUGUAUGAGUUUUAGGAGUGGUUGAAUUUUUGUUGAAAUGGGAUUUGACGGAGCAGGAACUUCGACGGAAUCUGAUUCUAACGAGCACGAGGGAGGAGAAUGGACGCGACUGAGAAAACUCGCUGGCUUUGGAGAAAAUUUAGACCCAGUACAGCAAGAAGAGCAAGCUGUGGAGAGGGUAGAGGAUGGAGGAGGAGGCAGCGGAGCGGUGGAAGAGGAUGACAAGGAAGAAGUUCUUGAAGGAAUUGCUUCCAUAGCCCUAUUUCCCUCCGGCUCCCUUUCCGGCCAUUUUUUGCACACCGCUUCUUCUACUUGCUUGGGUUUGUUUGGUACUGAGAUCGCAUGUGAAAGGGAAUGCAGUCGAGGGGAGGAUUACCGCUUGCUCAACCUUACAAUUAUCAAUUUCAAAACAAAGAAGGAAACAACCGUGGUGGUUGAACGGAAAGGAGAAGACGCGGCCCGCCUUUCUACUACAUGCGACCUUCAUGGAUGGGACGAGGAGGUUGUUCAAGAAGCGAAUAAUCGACACAGGUCUGGUGGGACAGCACCUGUGAUCACCUUCGAAUGUGAGACGUUGAAAGCAGGCAGAGAAGCAGAGGAACACUUGAAAAAAUUUCUACCGUCAUUGGUUGGACGUGAUGCAGCUGUGAACAUAGGUCGCAUGACAAUAAAGAGCCUGAGCUUGUCAGUAAAGGACACGGCGAACGGCAACCUAGUGCAGCCGCAAUCUCUUCGUGUACCUCCUAAACGAACUCUAGAGGACGCCUUGCGGCUUGUAUUUGGCGAAGCAGAUGUCGAGAUUGCAGACUCUGCACAGAAACGGCAAGUGGUUUCUGCUGAGUCACCCUCGUCUGCUGAAGGAUUAGAGAUACCGAGUCUGAUCAAAGCCAUACCAAUUCAUCGUGCUCCUUGCGACUUUGAUGAUGACUUCUGAGGUUUUCACAUCAUGUAAUGGAGAGGCAUACCUAUGGAGAAACACACCUUUCUGAAAUGAGGUAAUUGCUUUGUUUUUAUUUGUUUAUUUUGGUAUACAUCUAGUAGUAGUAUUGCAAAGAAAUAAAGACAAAGGUUAAUUUUGUCCUUCUAUGGCUAAUAAUAGUUGCACUAUUUUCUUUUGUUGUCACCAACAAAAUCGACUUGAUUUCAUGUAUGUAAGCUGUACAUUUGCAUAUACUAGAGCAAGACAUGGACCAAUUUAUAUUUUCAA